AUGCGGCCCAUGACGAGCCCACCGUUCCUCUCCCCAUCCCCGUCCCGUCUCCUCCGCCGCCUCUUCUCCCGCGCCCCUCGCCGCCGGAACCCUACUACCCCGCCGCCCAUCGCUCCGCACCUCGGCCGCCGCGUCUCGCUUCUCCUCCCAGCCUCCAUGUCCUCCUCCUCCUCCAGCACCAGGACACCCGAGUCCGUCGUUGCCGACGCCGAUGCCCUCGCUCGCAAGGUCGCCGCCAUCCGCGCAGCCGGCGCAGCUAAGCUACAGGUCAUUGCUGACUUCGACGGGACGCUCACUCGGUACUGGUACGACGGCUCCCGAGGCCAGAGUAGCCAUGGGCUGCUGAGGCAGGGGAACGAAGAGUUCAACGCCAAGAGGGAGGCGCUGUUCGAGCACUACCACCCCAUCGAGAUCAACCCCGACAUCCCGCUCCCGGAGAAGGCAAUCCUCAUGGAAGAAUGGUGGGGGAAGACUCAUGCUCUUCUUAUUGAAGGGGGGCUCACACAAGAAGCUAUAAAGAAAUCGGUGGCCGAUGCUGCAAUUGCUUUUCGAGAUGGAGUGGUGGAGUUGUUUGAGUUAUUGGAGGCUAGAGAUAUUCCAGUGUUGGUAUUUUCUGCUGGACUUGCAGACAUAAUUGAGGAGGUCUUCCGACAGAAACUCCACCGAUCAUUCAAAAACAUCAAGAUUGUGUCCAAUAGGAUGGUAUUUGAUGAAGAGGGUCGUCUUGUAGAAUUUAAAGGGAAGACAAUCCAUGUUCUGAACAAAAAUGAGCAUUCCUUGGACAUGGCAGCUCCAGUACACAAUAGUCUGGGAGAUCCGAAUGGAUGUACUGAUGACUAUUCAUUGGUGAAAAAGAGGACCAACGUGCUGCUACUUGGAGAUCACAUUGGGGACCUGGGAAUGUCUGAUGGUUUAAACUACGAGAACAGGAUUGCUGCUGGGUUCCUGAAUACUAACAUCGAGAAAUCUCUGAAAGAUUACUCAGAGGCAUUUGACAUUGUGUAUCUGAAUGACGCGCCAAUGUGGGGAGUUGCUGAGCUUGUGUCUGAUCUGUGUCCAUAGUCGAGUCAUUUUUAGCUGAACCUAGCAGCUCUCUGUCUGGUCCUACUCACCCUGAAACCUGGGGUGUUUUGUACCCAGAACGUGCUAACUUGCUAAGCUUGCUUCAUGAGAAGCAUUUGUACAGCUAGACGGCCGCCUGUGCCCAGUGAUUAUGAUGCACCUAAUUCCCAGGCAUGCCAGUUGAAUUUGAAAUGCCAUGAUUUUCUCGUGUACUCUCUAAUCAAAUGAGCUAGGCAGCAGCUCAUUUUUCUGCUAAUUAAUUUGCAUCAUCAAAUGAAUCUGAUGGUUCUUGAUGCCCAUGUUACGCGACAA